AGCAAUGGCGAAAUCAAGGUAAUUUAAAUCAGUUCCCACCUCAAACCUCAUCAACACAGCCUCGACAAAUCCGAAUCCGCCAAUGAUGUUGAAGCUGCAAAAACUCCAUAGAAAUCGAUCCACACAGCAAGAGGAAAAGGUGGAAGAACCAGAACAACCAAAAUAUCGAGAUAGAGCUAAGGAGCGAAGAGAAGAUCAGAAUCCUGAUUAUGAGCCUUCCGAAUUGGGAUCUUUUCAUGCAGUUGCUCCUCCAGGAAAUGUGGACCUAUUAUCAGCUGAAGCCCAAAGGAUAUCCAUUGAGAAGAGCAAGUAUCUUGGAGGUGAUGUUGAACACACACACUUGGUUAAAGGAUUGGACUAUGCUUUGCUACACAAGGUGAGAAGUGAAAUAGACAAGAAGCCAGAUAUUGAAGAUGCUAGUGAUGGCAAGCCUAGAGGAUCCAAGGAAGACCAUCCAGUAUCAUUUCGCACUGGAAAUGCAAAGGCUGUGUAUCAGUGGAUAGUGAAGCCUCAAACUGUUGUCAAGCCAAAUGAUAUGUUUCUUCCUGGGCGAAUGGCUUUCAUUUUUGACAUGGAGAGUGGGUUUUCUCAUGAUAUUCCAACCACUAUCCACAGAAGUAAAGCUGACUGCCCAGAGCCAGAGGAAAUGGUUACUGUUAAUGUCGAUAGCUCUGUGCUUGAUCGAAUUGGUAAAAUUAUGUCUUACCUUCGGCUUGGAUCAUCUGGGAAGAUUCUUAAGAAGAAGAAGAAAGAGAAGGAUGGUAAAGGAAAACUCUCAGCUGUUCCUGGUGAUUAUGAUCUUGAGAAAUAUUCAAAACCUGAUGCCUCAAAACAUCAUACUGAAAGAGAGUUUCUCCCACCACCUCCACCACCUCCUAAAAAGAUUCAUACUGAUGCAAAAGAGAAAUUGGGUCCAGCAGUUGCUCGCAUUGAGGAGGAUGAUAUUUUUGUAGGAGAAGGAACCGACUAUGUCAUCCCUAGUAAAGAUAUGAGCCAGAGCCCUCUUUCAGAAGACAUGGAAGAAUCUCCGCGGAGAAAGGAUAGAGCUUCCUAUUUUAGUGAACCUACUUAUGGUCCUGUUCCACCCUCUCAGCCAUCUCAUGACUGGCAACAAACGAAUGGCUAUGAUGCUAUGCAAGCGCAUGCCAUGGCUGCUGGUUAUCAAGGCGAGUGGCAGGAAUAUCAAUAUGCGGAGCAACUAGCAGCUUAUCCUGAACAAUAUCUCCAGCAAGACACCGAAACAUAUGAGAUGCAAGCAGGUGAAGCAGACCCACACUUAAUGACCCAAGAAGAGAAAGAUCGGGGUCUGGGGUCAGUGUUCAAGCGGGAUGAUGUGAGGCUUCAACAACUAAGGGAAAAAGAUGCCCGUGAGAAAGAUCCAAACUUCAUAUCGGAGAGUUAUUCAGAAUGCUAUCCAGGCUAUCAAGAAUAUAAUCGUGAGGUUGUGGAUAGCGAUGAUGAAGAUGAUUUAUCUAAAAUGGAUAUGGGUGGACGCGCAAAGGGGAGGCUUCAUAGGUGGGACUUUGAGACAGAAGAGGAAUGGGCAACAUACAACGAGCAGAAGGAAGCAAUGCCGAAAGCUGCAUUUCAGUUUGGUGUGAAGAUGCAAGAUGGUCGGAAGACGAGAAAGCAGAAUAAAGACCAGAAGAUUACUAACGAGCUGCAUAAGAUUAAUAAGAUACUCGCCAAGAAGAAGAUGCAAAAAGGCGAAACAAAUGAUGGUAGCGGUGGUGAAGAAUCUCCUCAUCCUGGAAAGAAGCUUAGGGUCUAAUCCAAACCAUUAAAUAAAUUGUUAUACUUGCUGCAUGCCUGCUUAUCAUGUUAUCGUUUUCAUACCACCUAGCUAUUUGGAAACGGAAAAAUUGGAUUUGGUUGUGUUAUAUUAGUGAUUAAUGCAUGGUAUGGAACUAAUUUUCU